CGACGGAAACGUGCUCAGGCCCACUGAUCCCUGGCUCCUCCGCCAUCCCAGCUUCUGGGAUUUGGUUUUGACGCCGGAAGACUGCCUAGUCUUAAUAGAAACACCGGAAACGUGUUCCCGACUAGCGUUCCGCCUGCGCCGCGGCCAUCGGUUCCGUUUCGCGGCCCGGAAGUGCGGCCUUCAAGUUGACAAGCAGAAGGCAUCCACUGCAGGACCUGGUGCCCGAGGAGUCGGAGAUGGCAGCGACCGAGGCGGUGCACCACAUCCACUUACAGAACUUUUCACGGUCACUUCUGGAGACCCUCAAUGGGCAGAGGCUAGGCGGUCACUUCUGCGAUGUGACUGUGCGUAUCCGUGAAGCUUCCCUGCGUGCGCACCGCUGCGUGCUGGCCGCGGGCUCGCCCUUCUUCCAGGAUAAGCUGCUGCUCGGCCAUUCAGAGAUUCGUGUGCCACCAGUGGUGCCUGCGCAGACGGUGCGCCAGCUGGUCGAGUUCCUGUACAGUGGCUCCCUGGUGGUGGCUCAGGGUGAAGCACUACAGGUGCUCACAGCAGCGUCGGUGCUUCGCAUCCAAACGGUUAUUGAUGAGUGCACGCAAAUCAUUGCGCGUGCCCGUGUCCCCAGCACCCCAGCACCUGCACCUCUGCCACCACCCGUGCCCCCUCCACUCGCUCCCGCGCAACUGCGCCAUCGUCUGCGCCACUUGCUGGCGGCCCGCCCCCCGGGUCACCCCAGCGCAGCGCACAGCCGCAAACAGCGCCAGCCUGCACGUCUGCAGCUGCCUGCGCCCCCAGCACCUAUCAAGGCUGAGGGACCGGAUACCGAGCCGGCGCUGACUGCCGCCCCUGAAGACAGAGGUGAAGAGGAUGACGACGAAGAGACUGAUGAAGAGACCGACGCUGAAGAAGGAGAAGGCGGCGGUGGCGGCGGCCCUGGUGAGGGCCAGGCGCCCCUUGCCUUCCCCGACUGCUCAGGGGGCUUCCUUACCGCUGCAGCUGACAGCGCACGUGAGGACCCGCCUGCAUCCACUGGCAUCACUGAUUAUGGUGGUGCCGGGAGAGAUUUCCUUCGGGGGACUACGGUGACCGAGGAUGUGUUCCCAGAUAGUUAUGUAUCCGCCUGGCAUGAAGCGGAAGGCAAUGGGGGUCCAGAAAGUUGUCCGGUGGAAACCGCUGCUCCACCUGACUGCGCCCUCGCUGGGCCUCGCCCCACUGGCAUGAAGACCCCUGGACCCCCCGUGGCUCUCUUCCCCUUUCACCUGGGUGCCCCUGGGCCGCCAGCACCAACACCUCCCGCUCCAUCAGGGCCAGCCCCUGCGCCCCCUCCCGCUUUCUACCCCACGCUCCAGCCAGAUGCAGCCCCCAGUGCUCAGCUAGGAGAAACCCCGGCUGUACCUGCCGCCCCUGCUGCUCCGGCCACAGCCAUCUCAGGCCCUCCUGCGCGUGUCCCCGGUGCCUCGGGUGCUGAGCAACCCGCCUAUGAGUGUAGUCACUGCCGCAAGACUUUCAGUUCUCGGAAAAACUACACCAAGCACAUGUUCAUCCACUCUGGGGAGAAGCCACAUCAGUGCGCAGUGUGUUGGCGAUCCUUCUCGCUGCGCGACUACCUGCUCAAGCAUAUGGUCACACACACUGGCGUGAGAGCCUUCCAGUGUGCUGUGUGUGCCAAGCGCUUCACGCAGAAGAGCUCGCUCAACGUGCACAUGCGCACACACCGACCUGAGCGUGCACCCUGCCCUGCCUGUGGCAAGGUUUUCUCACACCGCGCACUGUUGGAGCGCCACCUGGCAGCUCACCCUGCACCUUGAUUGGAAUCCAGCAGUACACAGUGCGCAGGUGCAGUCAGACCCUUGGACUAGGUCUACUCCACCGGAAGGCUCUUGCUUUGGAGUCUGGACUCUUUCUCUUCCCCACUCUCACCCCGUUUCCCUGGACUUGGGACCCAGAACCCUAUGUCCCUCCUACACAUGCUUAGCAUCUCUGGAUGGGAUAUGGCGGGGUAGAGGAUGGUCAGGGACCCUACCACCUCAGAGAUCUAGACCAUCUCCAGGUUGAGCUGGGUCCACAGACUCUUGGAACCUGAUACGGGAUUUUCGCCCUACUCCCUGUCGGGGUAUGAUGUCUAGGGUUAUCCUCUGCCCCAGUACUGGGCUAGAAUUCUCUGACCUCACCUAUAACGCCUGUGCCUGCCUGUGUUAUUUUCGGUACAGUUUGCUUGCCACUGUGCCACUGUACCGUAGGUGAGCCGGGCAAGAGCCUGAAGAGUGAAAGAACACACAAGAGACCUGGGUCAUUCCAGCCAUUCGAAAGGAGAUCAGCUGAAUGCUGUUUAUUCAAGUUUAGGGAAAACCUUAAAUACCUAGCUGCUGCACAAUGGAAUAACCCCCCCCCCCCAGACCACACCCAAGGUGGAGUCAACAAUGCCCUAUAGCUAAUCACCAGGCCGGGAAGAGUGAACACUGGAACAAACAGGAUGUUUUAGCUGGCUGACCAGAAACUGUCCUCAAGAUGAAACCCGGGAGCAGGGGUAGACCCAUGGGCCCUACACUCACCCUCAGUCUGGAUUUCCCUUUCCUCAUUGGGUGUCUGUGGAGACUCAGAUGGACCUACCAUGGAACUUUAGGAUUCCAUUCUAAUAAAGGACGUUGGGCCAGUG